AACUUAUACCCAAUUCCAUAAAUGUAGAGUUCAGCAGCCCCUUCCACUUACAGCAUUGUAAUUUGGGAUUAUUUUGUGCAUCCCUCCUCCAUAUCUUCUUCUUCUACCUGCAAUCUGUGUAUACCCCGUCUGUAUAUAAGUAGAUACCCAAAACAAAUCAUUCAACAGAUCCUCUAACCAUGAUGAGAGAAGAGUAUUACGCAGCUCUGCAACAGAUUGCACUGCAUUUGCUUGGCGAAGACUACACGCCCACUACUCCCUCCGCUGCCCUACACCCCGAUUUUGCACAGACUGUCACGCCAUCCAUUGACGGAGAUAAUUUCUCUGACAACAGACAGACUGUAAGUUCGUCGCCUAAGACUGAGAGACACUACAGAGGAGUGCGUCAAAGGCCGUGGGGAAAAUUUGCUGCGGAGAUUCGGGACUCCACCAGACAUGGAGCCCGAAUUUGGCUCGGCACUUUUGAAACAGCGGAGGGCGCCGCUGUGGCAUAUGACCGUGCCGCUUUCAAAAUGAGAGGGGCUAAGGCUCUGCUCAAUUUUCCCCUCAACGCCGCCUCCUACGCUGAGUCAGGGUCAGGGUGUGGUCACAUGGAGUCCAACAAGAGAGGCAGAGAAAGUGUUCAAGUGGAAGCUCCGCAGCCACGUCGCACACGGCUUAAAAUAGAUGUGAAACGUGAAGAGGAGGAUGUGUUUGAGAAAUUAGAAAAUCUGCUUCUUCUUUCUCCGCUUCCCUUCUCUCUCUUUUCCUUUACAAAUUCACCCAUGGUGAACUAAGUAGUGACCACUCUUGUAUUUAUUUUUUCCAUUCAAUUCAUUUUUUUAUCCCUUCUGUUU